AUGAGUUGUGCAACUGCUGCAAAUGUACCAUUAGGGGAGGACACAAAUCAUCCUAUCAAGUGUGAGCUUUAUGUUGAAGACAUUGAUUCCCCCUGGUUGAUGGCAUUUGGGAAGAUGUUUGGAGGGUUCAAUGUGUUACAUAAUGUACCUCUUCCUGCUCAUUUGGUUAAGGUCAUGAUUGAGAAAGUUCGUAAUGAUAGUGUUAUUGUGAUCAUGCCAAUAGAUGAGGUUACUAAUGUAGCACAAAUACUUAAAACUUUCAUUGACCAGCCUAGACAUCUAGUUAGUCUCAUAUCAGAUAACACGGUAUGA